AUGGUUGUGUGCAGCUGUUUUGUUUACGCUGCAACAGCUGUGUUAUUUUUUUCUGUGAAAAUUUCUAAUUUUUGUUUGGUUUUGUCACUUUUAUUUCACGUCUACGAUGUCCACAGCAAACGGAAUGUAUUACAGUCUGCUCGAGUGGUUCAAAACUCUCAAUUUAAAUGCACCACAUGCUAAUGCCGAAGAAUUGGCCGAUGGCGUUGCGUUGGCCCAAGCGCUGAAUCAGUUUGCACCCGAAUCGUUUACGGAUUCGUGGCUGUCCAAGAUAAAAUCCAGUGCUGUCGGUAGCAAUUGGCGUUUGCGAAUGAGUAAUCUGAAAAAGGUGGUUGAAGGUGUCUACGAAUACUACACUGAUGUGCUGAAUUAUACGCUGCAACAUGAUUUCCUGAGACCGGAUGUUCAGGCAAUUGCUGAAAAGUGCGAUCUCACGGAGUUGGAGCGCUUGCUGCAAUUGGUGUUGGGUUGCGCGGUCAAUUGUGCCAAGAAGCAGUCCUACAUCACCGAGAUCAUGGGCCUCGAGGAGGAGUUGCAGGCAAAUAUUAUGCGUGCGCUGCAAGAGCUGGAAACAUCGACACGUCAGUCGUCGGCGUCAUCGGAGGGCGGCGGCGUUGUUAGUUCGAUGUCACGCAACUCUUUAAGCGGCAUGCUGGAUGGUAAUGCAAAGGCCUUGCAAUUGCAGCUACAGGAGGAACGCGAUGCUAUAGCACAAAAAUGUUUCGAGACCGAGAAGAAAAUGCUGCUGUUGAUCGAUGAGAAGACCAAUUUGCAACAGGAGCUGCAAAAGGUUCAGCAGGAGUUUGCGCGUCUCGAGCACAACACUAUUGGCGAUGAUGGCGUUUCACUAGGUCCCAUUCAAGCGGGAUCUGUGCGCUACAAUGAGCUAAGACGGCAACUUGACUUGAUAAAAGAAGAGCUUUUGCAAUCGGAGGGUGCUCGUGAGGAUUUGAAGAUCAAGGCUCAGCAACAAGAGACCGAUAUGCUGCACAUGCAACAGCGCAUCGAUGAGCUAAUGAAAAGCACUGCAGUGUUGACAACACUUAAGGAUGAGGUGGAUGUGCUGCGCGAAUCGACGGACAAGCUCAAAGUGUGCGAGGCCCAACUGGAGACCUACAAAAAGAAGCUGGAGGAGUACAAUGACCUCAAGAAGCAUGUCAAGUUGCUGGAGGAGCGCAGUGCUGAUUAUGUGCAGCAAAAUGCACAGUUCGAAGAGGAUGCCAAACGUUAUGCCAACACAAAGGGACAAAUUGAGCUCUUCAAGAAGGAGAUUCAAGAUCUGCAUGCCAAAUUGGACAACGAGAGUAGCAAGAAUGUGAAACUGGAGUUUGACAACAAGAAUUUGGAGGGCAAGAAUCUUGCAUUGCAGCGUGCCAAGGAUAGUUUGCUUAAAGAACGCGACAAUCUGCGCGAGGCUUGCGAUGAACUCAAGUGCGGUCAACUGUCAACCAAUUCGGGCAGCAUUGGCGGUAACACAAUGUCCAGGGAGCUGCAGCCAUCGGCUAUGAUGGAUAAGAUUCAACGUCUGGAGGCAGAGAACAAAGCACUACGUGAGGGGCAAGGCGGGCAAACAGCAUUGGCACAAUUGCUGGAUGAUGCAAACAAACGCUGCGAGAAUCUGCGCGAGCAAUUAAAGACGGCCAACGAACGGAUUCUCAGCUUGUCGCAUGCCUCACAAAGCGAUGAUCCCAUCUUAAAAGAAAAUGAGUUCAGCAAACAAAUCAAGCAGCUAAUGGAACUGAAUGAACAGAAGACGCUGCAAGUUGAAGAGUCUGCCACACAAAUCUCCACGAUGCACGGCAAGAUCACACAGCUGGAGUCGAGUCUGGCUACACGAGAACAAGAGGUCAUGGCCUAUGAAAUAAAGUAUAGGAAAUGUGUGGAACGCGCUAAGGAAGUAAUCAAGAACAUUGAUCCGCGUAUAGCCAAUGUAAUUGAUGCCAGUGCACUGGAGAAGAGCGUCGAUGUGAUUGAGGAGGAAGCAAAGCCCAAGAUGAGCGGCAUGGAGGAGCAGCUGAUGACGACCGCUUUCUACAGAUUAGGCAUUAAUGCACAACGCGAUGCAGUAGACUCGAAAUUGGCCUUAUUGAUGAGUUCGGGACAAACAUUCUUGGCGCGGCAGCGGCAAUCGGCGCCACGCAAAUCGUUGACAACAAUGAAAUCCAAAUAGUUUAGUUUUUAAUCGAGCAGUUCGUUUGUUUUUUUUAACAAAAACCGUAUAUGCAUAUCCAUAUAAUACACACCUACACACAUUAUUUAUUCGGGUUAUACACAACGCAAUAAUAUAUAUUUUUAAUUUAAUCCCCCAUAUACUCGGUGUUCAGGAUUGUUACUUCCUAAUAAAAGUACCAAGUGUUGAAUAUAAUAUAA